UAUAUCAUCUAAUUAUAACAAAACAAAUGGCCGGUUAUGAAAGGGAACGGACUGUGGAUUUGAGUGAUUUAGAGAGGGAUGAGUUAUCGUGUAGUAUAUGUCAGGACCUACUGAACCGACCGGUGGUGGCCCAGUGUUGCCUUCAGAUGUUCUGUAAGGACUGCAUUCAUAAUUGGCUCGACUCUAGCAAUACCUGUCCUUACGAUCGAAAACCACUAUCGGUUAGAGAGUUAUGUCGUCCACCCAGAUUGCGAUCAAAUGAAAUGUUCAAAGUCUCGGAAACAAACAAUUUGUGA